AUGACGGAAAGGUCAUGGUAUCAAGUUGAUCGCAUUAUUUCGGAGAAAUAUGAACGAAGAGGCACGCGAUUAGAGAAAUUUUAUGAAGUUUCUUGGGUGCCGACUUGGGAACGAGCCAAACGAAUCAAAGAACAGGUCCCUGUAAUAGUGGAGGCAUAUGAAAAGAAGAAACGGAGUAGUGCAAGAAUUAAUUGCGAAAGUGAAUCAGUCGAAACGAAACCUGAGGUUUUAGUUCCACAAAAAAAAGUUAGGAUUGUUGGUGUAGCUGAUGACGAUGGUAAAGAUAUUAAAAGUGCAACAAUGGUUUUACGGAAACAAUUGACUAGCAGUGCUGGUUUGCAUGAUAAUCGAUAA